CAAAAUAGAUGUCCGAAACGAGGUGUAGACUCUAUUUUUUUAUUUUCUGAGUCGGCGUGCGAUAAAUAUCGCGUUGAUUUUUCGGUAUUCCUAUGCUAUACUUGUGAAACACGUUUUUUCAUCUAUUGAAAGUAUAGGCAGCUAUGCCCAAAACACAGGAUAUUCAGAUAGAACACUUCCCUGACCGGAGCCUCAGGCGAUUGCUCCAAGACGGUGAAUAUGUGAGGUGGUUAGUCCAAAUCAUCGCCCCGGACAUUGAGGCGUUCCUCGACUUCAACCGGAUCAUAUACAAGGAAAGGAGUUUUAUUUCUGAGGCACUGCAAGAACGCGAGUCGGAUGUGCUACUGAGUGUCCCGUUUGAAAAAGACGCAGAUGUUGUAGAUACCGAUGCUUGCUCAUCUAUAUCCUCAUUGAACAUCAAUCUACUGUGGAUAAAACGAUGGGGUUUCGGUUGUUAUCUUACAUGGUCCAAAUCUGGGAGUCGCAACGGCGGGAGUGGGAAACGGAGAAGAUUCCACAAAGUGAAAGACGUUUACAGCCGAUCCUGCCGGUUCUGUUUUAUACAGGCGACGCGCCCUGGACGGUGCCGGUGUCCCUGACGACGAUAAUGGAUGUUCCUGAAAUUUUGGCGCGUUUCGUCCCAAGUUUUGACACGCUGUUUUUAGGGGUCAAGGAGACUGAGACAGAUGUUCUGACGCAAUCCGGACAUCCGUUAGGCUGGUUGUUGCGUGUGCUUCAAAAGGAGCAUUCGGACAAAACAGAGAUAAGUGAAGCAUUGGCGGAUGCUGUAUCACAUUUAGCGUCAGUGGAUGAAAACUUUGCCCCGCAAGUUGCGGAGGCACUCCGCUAUUUUGUGCAGUUGAUAUUCCACCGGCGUUCUCUUGAGGAGCGCGAUGCGUUAGUAGGUAUUAUCAGACAACAUAUUCACGAUCAUAAGGAGUUAGAAAACAUGGCACAGACAACGGCUGAGUUUCUUAUAGAACAAGGUAAAGCAGAAGGUAAAGCAGAAGGUAAAGCAGAAGGUAAACGGGAUGCAGUCCUCAAACUCCUGCAGCUCCGAUUUCAGCACGUGCCAGAAACGCUCUCUCGCGAAAUCAGCAAUAUCCACAACCACAUACAGUUGGAUAUUCUCUUAGAGCAAGCAAUGACAGCACAAAGUUUAGAAGAGAUUGAUACGCAUUUCUCCUAAAAGUUUCCCUGAUAAGGGGACUUUAGGGUGGUAAAAUACCCAAACAAACUCAAAUCGCCAACUCCCUCGCCCGUAAAACCAAACAUGAUAGCCGCAGAGCAGCGAAAGAUCGAACGCCUCAAAGAAUACCGUCAAUCCCUCAUCUCCGAGGUAGUGACCGGCAAGAUAGAUGUCCGAAACGAGGGUUAGCCCAUGCCGAGGUAUACGGAAACAGAUUUUGAAGAUCACAUCGAAGGAUACCUGAAUCAGUCUGGCUACCGGUCGCUACAAUCCACUGACUA